AUGGACAUGAACAAUGACAAUGUUGAGCAAUACCCAUCAAGAGACAUUCAUUCUCUUGAUGGUGACAAUGGUGAGGAUGUUGUAGUUGUUGAACAGGCCGAUGCCGCUGUUUGGUGUAAUGCCCAUCAAGAGAAAUUCAUGCUCUUGAUGGAGGAAGAGGUUGGAAAAGGAAAUCGUACAGGCACGACUUUUAAUCCAAAUGGGUGGACACAUAUUGUGGACGCAAUGUUAUUAGAAACUGGAAAGAAGUACACGAAGGACCAAUGUAGACAAAAAUUCAAUAAUAUAAGAGCAUUGUACAAAGAUUGCAAACAAAUAUUAUCUGAGACUGGUGUAGGGUACAACAGUGAAACUGGAAUGAUUGACUUGGAAGCUGAAAGAUAG